AUUCCACUCAUCUACUCUUCCUUUAGUAUCUCCAAUUCACGUGGAGCUCAAAAGCUGAUCAAGCCAUACUAGUAUUACCAUAGAUAGCUUUCACCCACCUGCUAUUAAAGUUCAAACAGACUGAUCAGAGAAUUAUGGCUGAAUCAUCCAGGGCUAGCAGUACUAGAGAUGAAUGUGCUAAACGUGCCCGAGGGACUCCCACUGGAAUUACACCCAAGCAACGAGCAAAACAAAGCCGAAGGCUUAUGGGCUCAACCUCAAAGAAACAGCUUUCAUUUUCUAAUUUGAGUAUCUCUGGCUCCAAAGCUAGAGAUUGGUCAACUCCCGAGAAGAGGGUAUUAGUUGAAUACGUUGAGGGUAUUGGCGAUAAAAAGAAUUGGGUGUACUCUAAGAGGAUAUCAACAUGGGAGAAGGCAUCUGCAGUCUUGAAACAGCAGACUGGCAUCUUAAGAACAAGUGGAGCCUGUCGAUCUAUGGCAACUUGUAAAUUGCCGUCAUUGUUUAAGAGUGUCGAAGAAGCAAAGCAGUUCCUUGACGGAGAAGCUAUUUUUUCACAGACAAUAUCUACAGAAACCUCUUCAGAAACCUCUUCAGAAAACCUAGUAUCACUUGCUGAGCUGCUCACCACAAACUCAGAGGACAUCAAUACUACUCCUUCGUCUCCUAUAUGUUUCACUCCAGUCCAUGUUUUUGCUGAAGAUACGAUGAAACCCUUUAAGGAAGAGUUUUUACUGCUGUGUGCUGAGGAACAGGUCCAAUUGAUCGGAGAGCUCUUUCAGAGAGUAGUGGAAAGUGAAGGUGUUAUUGUUCCAACUGACUUCAUAGCAUUGUCUUUGAGAGCGAUGAAACAACUGAAAUGUAGCGGUCGGAGUAACUUUUUGUAUGGGCUGAGCCAAGGAUUAGGAGAACAGCGGACAGAUGGUAGUGACUCAAUCUUCCCUUCAAAACGAUUGAUUUCAGGCCUAUUUGAGCACUGUGUCAACUUUUUUGUUGGUUCCUCAAAUAUUCCUUGCCCUAAAGACUAUAGAUUGUGGAUUGAGACAAUGUACACUCUUUUCGGAAACAAAUGGCUUAACCUCCACAGUGGACCGAUGUGGAAAGUGGAAGGUACUCAACAAGACAGUGGAGCAGAUGUGUGCAUACCACUUUCAAGUUCAAGACAAAGCACUGCUGGUUAAUAUUCCUGCUCUAUCAGCAAGGACAAUCCAGCGUGGUAUUGCAAGUAGUGAUUUCACAAUCACCUCUGAUAUCCAAGUUGCAUCUAUUGAGCAAGCAGCGGCACAGUUGCCUGGCUCACGUUGGUGGAUUAAGUCCGAUGGCUGCGAUGUUGUGUCUGGGCUAAUGGUGUCUAUGAAGAAUAUGUGGAAUGGAGAUGUGGACUUCGGUGAUGGGCUACUCCAGAAGCAAUACAGUGAUUACUUGAAACGAUUGGAAUUUAUUGACAACCUCUCUGUGUGUGACGAAAUCAUGUUGAUUUCAAAUCUCCAGAAUGUUGCUGUUCAAUUGAAGGAGGAUGGCACAUGUGUUGAUUCAGCUUUGAGAAAAGCACAAAAGGAGUUCGAAGAGAAAUCCUCUGUAUCUACAACCGAUAAAGUGCUUUAUGCGCUUGGCUGGAAUGUUGAUGAGUUGUCUAGGUUAAAUCAGCAGUGCAGAUCUCUACUUGUUGAAGUAUCCACCCUCAAGGAAAGUAUUAGAGAUCAAAGUAGUCCAAGCCUUGGCUUACAGUAUGCUGUGGGUAAACUGCAAGGUACUUUAAAAGAGUUUGUGAAGGCAGUCACUCGACACCAGCGAACACCUGCUACCCAUGUGCUGGUCACAAUGAUUAGCCCGAGUGAAAGAAAUCACAAACCAUAUGCUCUCCCAAUUGCAUGCAUUCCAUAUGUUGGCCUAAGUGAAGCAAAAGCCCGCUCACAUAUCUCUGCAGUGGCUGAGGAAAUGGUGAAGCAAGGACUUCGUGUUGAAGGGUUUGUGAGCAAUGGAGAAUAUAACGUCUUCAGACAUAAAGGCUAUACUCGUCCUUUGUCAGUUUUCCAGAUUCAGUCGCAGGCACGGAAAAAGUACUCUUCCAUGAGCGUGAAAAGGAUGAAAGAAAUGAUUACAUCCAUAGAGUCAACUGAUGGUUCCAUUCAAGCUGUUAGAAAAAACCCAGCUGUUUCGGCAUCACUACUGAAAGAAAUUCACUCAUGGAAGAGAAGUGGUGCAUCCUUGGACGACAUUGUGGAUAGGCUAAGAUCACGGUGUGUUCCUCCUGAGUACGUGCCUAAGCCUUGGAUGCCAGGAAGAAAGGAAGAUUUAUGUGACAAGUUGCGAUCUAUUAUGUCUCAGCUGGAAUAUACCUACCAGAUUUGUACAUGGGACGAUCAAGGUGUGCCUUUCAAGACGCAUUUUUAUGUCCCUGAAGUACACCCGACAACCAAAUCGGAGUUCCAUGAACGUGAGGAUGAUGCUCAUAUUUUGAAGAGAAUGGCAACUUCAACUCGAUGUGGUGGCCCUAAUGAGCUGAAGCUGGAACGCUUUUCACCUGCAUUGGAGGAUCCGUUGUCAGGUUUAACCUAUGCAGCACUCACUGGACAACGCAAACAAUCUGUCCGUGAUGCUGAGAGGUUGUUCUCGUCUUCAAUGAAAGAAUACAUGAAGAAAAAGAAAUACGACUUUGAGGAAAAGUAUAUAACAGUGAUCCUGAAUUGGCGACGUGCAUCUGACGAGAGAGGAUUGUCUGAAUCUGAACGGAGCAUUUAUAAUCUGGAGAUGUUAGAGUUCAUAAAAGAUGACCUAAUCCCUUGGCACAAGCAGUGUGAUCUAAGUUCUUUAGAAGUGAACAGGCUUCCAGUGAAGAUCAGAGGUUUCACCAGGGAAGUACUAAUAGCACUUACAACAACCAUUGAGAGCAAAGAAUGGAUUAAAAAUCGAAAUUUGUGUGAGAACAUGCCUCCCGAGCAUCCAAGAUCUAGCUCAACAGAUGACGUAGAAUGCUUUUUUAGUCUGCUCCGCAGCAUGAUUGGUAAUCAUUUCACUGUAAAGGAUGUUCGAUUUGUAUGGAGAAAAUUGUGCAACGAGUUUGCAAAACGUCUGAACAAAGAUCUCCCAUUCUUUUAUUAUACUUCCACGAACGAGAGAUUUAUUGAGGCUGAUCGUCCUUCAUUUGAAGUUUUCCAACGUCCUAAAAGGAAUCCAAGACACCAAAGAGUUCGCACAAGAGAACAACCAGGAAACCUGGCACCCGGACGAGCCACACUUGUACAGGCUGGUGCACAGUCUAUACGAAGGAGGUUCCAUAACCUUCCCAUUGAAUUACCACCCCCACCACUACAAGCCACAGUCACUGAUGAACAUUCAUAUGCUCAACAUUAA